CAUUACCCCACUCUAAUUUAUUGAGGUGUUACCCAUUUUUCUUCAUCUUAUUCAUUUUUUUCCCUCAAGUUUCUUGAUUUUUUUUGCAUUCUCUUGAGUGGUUUUUCAAGAACUUAUAUAUGGCAUUGCUCUUGCUGCUUUUGGUUUUGACUGUAUCAGCUGUUUCUGCUGAUGGAGAUGCAUUUGUUGGCGUGAACAUUGGAACAGAGCUCUCUGACAUGCCACACCCGACACAGGUAGUUGCACUCCUCAAAGCUCAGCAAAUCCGACACGUCAGGCUGUACAAUGCAGACCGUGGUAUGCUUCUUGCACUGGCCAAUACAGGUAUCAAAGUUGCUGUCUCUAUCCCCAAUGAACAACUACUUGGAAUCGGUCAAUCAAAUUCAACUGCUGCUAAUUGGGUGUCACAGAACGUCGUAGCACAUUAUCCGACUACCAAUAUUACAACAAUCUGUGUUGGUUCUGAGGUUCUAACAUCCCUACCAAAUGCAGCACGUAUUCUUGUCAAUGCCCUAAAGUUUAUCCAUUCAGCACUUGUGGCGUCCAAUCUCGAUAGGCAAAUCAAAGUUUCUACGCCUCUUGCUUCUUCCAUUAUUCUUGACUCAUUCCCACCAUCUCAAGCCUUCUUUAACCACUCUUGGAAUCCAGUACUAAUUCCCAUGCUCAAUUUCUUGCAAUCGACGGGGUCGUAUUUCAUGCUAAAUGUAUAUCCUUAUGUCGAUUACAUGAAAUCGAAUGGUGUCAUUCCACUAGAUUAUGCUCUCUUAAAGCCUCUUCCUUCAAACAAAGAAGCUGUAGAUGCAAACACCCUUCUUCAUUACUCUAAUGUUUUUGACGCCAUGGUUGAUGCUGCUUAUUUUGCAAUGGCUUAUCUUAACUUUACUAAUAUUCCUGUUAUGGUGACUGAAACUGGCUGGCCAUCGAAAGGUGAUUCAAAUGAGCCAGAUGCCACUUUAGAUAAUGCCAAUACUUACAAUAGCAAUUUGAUAAGACAUGUAUUUAACAAUACCGGGACCCCUAAGCAUCCUGGAAUUAGCGUUAGCACUUACAUUUAUGAGCUCUAUAACGAAGAUAUGAAACCCGGGCCUGUGUCUGAGAAGAACUGGGGACUAUUUGAUUCAAGUGGGGUGCCUGUGUAUAUUUUGCACGUGUCGGGCUCAGGAUCCACGUUGGCAAAUGAUACUACUAACCAGACUUUCUGUUCUGCAAAAGAAGGCGCCGAUGCUAAAAUGCUGCAAGCCGCUCUCGACUGGGCUUGUGGACCUGGCAAGGUGGAUUGUUCACCUCUAUUGCAGGGACAAACAUGUUAUGACCCGGACAAUAUUUUUGCACAUGCAACUUAUGCCUUCAACACUUAUUAUCAUCAGACGGGAAAGACCCCUGGAAGUUGCGAUUUCAAUGGAGUGGCUACUAUCACUACCACGAAUCCAAGUCAUGGUUCUUGCUUGUAUCUCGGAAGUGGAGACAAAAACGGUACCCGUCUUAAUAGUACCAUUCCGGCUAUGGAUUCUAGGAGUUCGGACUCUCCUGCCAAGUUGGUCUAUAGCAAUGUGAUUUCAGCUUCUUCAGCAUACAUUGUGAUUGGAGCACUGGGAUGGAGUGCACUGUUAUUGUAGUAGCUUGGUAUGAUUGGAGCUAACUGAACCAAGAGCAAUUAAAGAAUUUUGAGCUAAUUUUCUCCUGCACAAAAAUUUAAGUAACACAAAUUGAAUUUAUCCGGUGAAGAAAUGAUAAAUUUCAAGGUGAAGAGUAACAAUCAUCAGAUCCGCUUGAUUUUUGCACUGAAGUAGAAAAUGAUGUACAGAGAACUUACUGAAGUUCGUAUUCUUUUGCUGGUUAGGAGAUUGUCAAAUUAAGGUUUGUAUUGAAUCUUGACCGAGUUGAAAUUCAUUUUAACGAGUUAUAUCAUUUAUGUUUGGGCUG